UCCGAGUCCAACACACCUUCCGCGUCUUCUUCUCUAGAACCCCAAAUCGAAGACUUUCGGAAACCGAUCCCAUUCUUCUCUUGCUGGGUACCAGCUUAUUUCCCCCUUUCGCUCUUCGAUUCUCUUCUCUGAUUGCCGUUCAUGCUCUGAGAUUGCCUGUUUAUGGCUAGUCAUAGCGUAAAUCCGCCCGAGGAUUCGGCGGCGGCGGAGGCCGCGCCGAACACGGUUCCUCCUCGGCGGGGGAGCUUGUCGUUCCGGUCUCGAGCAGAGAGGAGCUCGUCGGAGACGUUGUCGGUCGAGAUUAUGGAGCGGUCGAGGUCGAGGCCCAUGGCGUCGUACGCCUCCAAACGCUCCGACUCCGACAAGCUCGGCUCGCAGCGGGAGAUUGAUGACGACGAGGCACGGUUCGUGUACAUCAACGACCCGGAGCGGAGCAACCUGGCCGCCCGGUUACCGAACAACGCGAUCAAGACGACCAAGUACACCAUCCUCACCUUCCUGCCCCGCAACCUGUUCGAGCAGUUCCACCGCGUCGCCUACAUCUACUUCCUGAUCCUCGCGGGGCUGAACCAGGUCCCACAGCUGGGCGUCUUCAGCCCCGCCGCCUCUAUCCUCCCGCUCGCCUUCGUGCUCGGAGUCACCGCCGUCAAGGAUGGGUACGAGGACUGGCGGCGCAGCCGCUCUGACCGCAACGAGAAUAAUCGCGUUGCCUUGGUGCUCGUGCCCGGAGACCGCGAGUUCCGCCCCACGCCCUGGAAGUACGUACGCGUUGGCGAGGUCAUCAAAGUCGCUGCCGACGAGUCAAUUCCCUGCGAUAUGGUCCUGCUCGCUACCAGCGACCCCGCCGGUGUUGCCUACGUGCAGACAAUCAACCUCGACGGCGAGUCCAAUCUCAAGACCAGGUACGCGAAGCAGGAGAUGCAGUCAACAGCUCCCGAAGCCCUUUCCGGCCUCAUCCGCUGCGAGAAGCCCAACCGCAACAUCUACGGCUUCCUCGCCAGCGUCAACGUCGACUUCCCAACCGGAACCGCCGCCACCAAACCCGUGUCGCUCGGCCAAUCCAACAUCAUCCUUCGCGGGUGCGAGCUUAAGAACACGAGCUGGGUGGUGGGCGUGGCGGUGUACACGGGGCAGGACACGAAGGUGAUGCUCAACAGCUCCGGCGCUCCCUCCAAGCGCAGCCGUCUCGAGUCGCAGAUGAACAGGGAGGUGAUCCUCCUGGCCGCCACGCUGUUCGCACUCUGCUCCAUCGUCGCGAUCCUCGCAGGCGUAUGGCUCGUCGAUCACCGCCACGAGCUCGACACCCUGCCCUACUACCGAAAGCAGGAUCUCUCAGAACCCCAAGUUGGGAAGUACAACUACUACGGCAUCGGGGCGGAGACCGUCUUCGCCUUUCUCAUGUCCGUGAUCCUUUUCCAGGUCAUGAUUCCGAUCGCUCUUUACAUCUCAAUGGAAUUGGUGAGAUUAGGACAGGCCUUCUUCAUGAUUCAAGACAAGAACAUGUUCGACGAAGCGACCAAGACAAGAUUCCAAUGUCGCGCGCUCAACAUCAAUGAAGAUUUAGGGCAAAUCAAAUACGUGUUCUCUGAUAAAACUGGAACCCUGACCGAAAACAAGAUGGAGUUCCGAUGCGCUAGCGUCCGCGGCGUUGACUACAGUCACGGCGAGGAGGAAAGUCUCUUCAGUUCGGUGAGUAGUGGCGAGACACGGAAACCAAAAACGAGCGUUAAGAUCGACCCUGAGCUGAUGGAUGCAAUAAAAGGCGGCCAGGGAAUCGAAAAGGCUAAUCUUGCUCGCGACUUCUUCCUCGCGUUAGCAACGUGUAACACCGUCGUGCCUAUACUAGUGGAGACUCCGGAUCCAUCGGUGAAGCUCAUCGAUUACCAAGGCGAGUCGCCGGACGAGCAGGCAUUGGUGUAUGCCGCCGCCGCCUACGGUUUCAUGCUCGUGGAACGGACCUCCGGCCACAUUGUCGUCGACGUCCUCGGUGAGAGACAGAGAUUCAAUGUUUUGGGCCUUCAUGAAUUUGAUAGCGAUCGGAAGAGGAUGUCAGUUGUAAUUGGCUUCCCGGACAAGACUAUAAAACUAUUUGUGAAAGGUGCAGAUAAUUCAAUGUUUGGGGUUAUACGAAAGAACAUAGACUUGGAUAUCAUUAGGGAAACUGAGACAAAUCUGCAUGCAUAUUCAUCAAUGGGUCUGAGGACAUUGGUUAUUGGCAUGAGAGAAUUUAGUAUAGAUGUGUUUGAGGAGUGGCAUUCUGCCUAUGAGAAAGCAAGUCAGUCCUUAAUUGGUAGGGCAAAGUUACUGCGAGCUGUUGCAGCCAAUGUCGAAAGAGAUCUGAACAUAUUGGGGGCCUCUGGGAUCGAGGACAAGCUGCAACAGGGUGUGCCUGAAGCCAUAGAGUCUCUGAGGCAAGCUGGGAUCAAGGUCUGGGUUUUGACAGGGGAUAAGCAAGAAACAGCGAUAUCUAUUGGGUUUUCGUGUAAGCUUCUAACAAGAGAAAUGACUCAGAUUGUGAUAAACAGCAACUCAAAAGAAGCCUGUAGAAAAAGCCUACAAGAUGCAGCUUCUACGGCCAGGCGUCUCAAAGCAGCACCUGACUCUGAAAGUACAUUUUCGGGCACAGGAUCCAUGCAGACUCCUCUGGCUUUGAUCAUUGAUGGCACCAGCCUUGUUCACAUCUUGGAUACUGAAUUGGAAGAUGAGCUGUUCGAAGUGGCCACUGUAUGUGACGUUGUAUUGUGCUGUCGCGUUGCUCCAAUGCAAAAGGCUGGAAUAGUCACUCUUAUAAAGAACCGAACCGAUGAUAUGACUCUUGCAAUUGGAGAUGGUGCAAAUGAUGUCUCGAUGAUCCAAAUGGCUGAUGUUGGGAUUGGCAUAAGCGGGCAAGAGGGUCGGCAGGCUGUUAUGGCCUCAGAUUUUGCUAUGGGACAGUUCAGAUUCUUGGUGCCACUUUUGUUGGUACAUGGCCAUUGGAAUUACCAAAGGAUGGCCUACAUGAUCAUGUACAAUUUCUAUAGAAAUUCAGUAUUUGUUUUCCUCCUAUUCUGGAAUGUACUCUACACUUCAUACAGCUUGGUAAGCGCAAUAAACGAAUGGAGCAGUGUCUUAUAUUCAGUAAUUUACACAGCGCUGCCAACUAUCAUCGUAGGUGUCCUCGAUAAGGAUGUUAGCAGGAAGACAUUGCUAAAGUACCCGAAACUGUACCGAGCAGGCCAAAACAAUGAACGAUACAACCUGAAAUUGUUUGUCCUUACGAUGAUGGACUCCCUUUGGCAGAGUCUCACUGUAUUCUACAUCCCUUAUCUUGCAUACAGACGCAGCACCAUUGAUGGUCCAAGCCUAGGGGAUUUGUUGAUCCUUGCAGUGGUCCUUGUAGUCAAUAUUCACUUGGCCAUGGAUGUGUUUCAGUGGAAUUGGAUCACACAUGCAUCGCUAUGGGGCUGCAUUGUCGCAACAAUAAUUUGUGUCAUUAUCAUCGAUUGCAUAUGGAUGUUUCCUGGUUACUGGGCAAUAUUUCAUAUCAUGGGGACGAGACUAUUUUGGGCUUGCCUUUUCGGAAUUUUAGUGGCAUCGAUGGUUCCUCGCUUUACAACCAAGGCUUUGACAGAGUAUCUCAUGCCGAGUGAUGUACAACUUGCUAGAGAGCUGGAGAAGUCUGAGGAGACAAAUCUAUCCAAUUCAUCAGAGAUUCCAUUGAGCACAUUCUCACAACUCUAAUGCUCAUGUAUUAAGUUUUUUCUUUUCUUUACCUUCCAAUUUUGUUCACUUUUGAUUUCUACUUUGUGUAUAUUUAUUCUUUUAGCUGGCAAUCGGAUCAUUGGCCGAAUGCUAGAGGGUCACCAAUCCUUAUCCUUAAGGAUCUGGAUUUGUGUUGUGUAUUUAGUUGAAUGUCUACUUGCUUUGUUUAGUCUAUUUCUUUUACAAAUAUCCCUUUUUAUUGUUUAGUUUUACACUUGUAUUUGUUUAAGAUUUGAUAAGGAAUUGGUAUACCUUUCGGUGUAGUUAUUGUCA